UGUCACUUGUAAUACAAUGGAAAUUGCUAGGCUGACUAAUGGCCGAGGGGCAAGCCACCAUGUUAAUAGACACUCGGUCCCUUACAAAUUAAGCCAUCAAGCAAUCAUCACAUUCGAUGAAUAACAUGUUUCUCUUAUUGUCAUAUCUUUUCAUGAUCUAUAACAAAAAAGUAGACCUGUUUUGGUGUAAAAGGUUCAUGAAAGUAGUAAACAAACAAAUCAAUCCAAGCUCACUUGUUGAGGCGAUUUUUUGUCUUCCCAUUUCCCAAAUCAUUGCUUUCAGUCAAAUUCUAUAAGGUCUAGGUUGUCAGGGAACACAAGUUCAGAUAUGGCUGCGGUACUCUUGGCAGAGGCUAACCAUGAUGAAGAAGAAGAAGAAGAAAGUUGCUGUUGGAGUAAAGUUUUGGACAUGGAAGAAAGCAAGAACCAAAUUUACUUUUCGCUUCCUAUGAUCUUAACUAAUGUUUUCUACUUCUCCAUCACUUUGGUUUCUGUCAUGUUUGCUGGUCACCUUGGAGACCUUGAGCUUGCCGGCGCCACCCUUGCUAAUUCUUGGGCCACCGUUACCGGCUUCGCUUUCAUGACAGGACUAAGUGGAGCACUGGAGACCCUCUGUGGUCAAGGAUUUGGUGCAAAAAUGUACAGAAUGUUGGGGAUUUAUCUACAAGCAUCCUGCAUCAUUUCUUUCAUAUUUUCUGUCAUCAUAUCAAUCUUAUGGUUCUAUACCGAGCCGAUCCUUGUCUUACUUCAUCAAGAUCCUGAAAUUUCAAGAACUGCUGCCCUUUACAUGAAGUAUCUCAUUCCAGGUUUAUUUGCAUAUGGCUUUGUGCAAAACAUUUUGAGGUUUCUUCAAACACAAAGUGUUGUUAUACCCUUGGUCCUGUUCUCUGUCAUUCCAUUGGCCAUUCAUUUUGGGAUUGUGUACUCUUUGGUAAAUCGGACAAGUCUUGGUUUCAAAGGAGCUCCCUUGGCGGCUUCAAUCUCAAUAUGGAUAUCAUUUCUUCUCUUAGCAAUCUAUGUCAUUUUCGCGAAGAAAUUUGAGAACACAUGGAAAGGAUUGUCUUUUGAAUCAUUUCACUACAUCCUCAAAAACUUGAAAUUAGCCCUUCCCUCUGCGGCAAUGGUUUGUUUGGAAUUCUGGGCUUUUGAGAUUCUGGUGUUCUUGGCUGGAUUGAUGCCAAAUUCAGAAAUAACUACUUCAUUGAUUGCAAUAUGUGUCAAUACAGAAAACAUUGCCUACAUGAUCACAUAUGGCCUAAGUGCUGCAGCAAGCACAAGAGUGUCUAAUGAAUUGGGAGCUGGAAAUCCAAACCGCGCUAAGCAUGCCAUGGGAGUGACUCUCAAGCUCUCUAUCCUUCUUGCUCUUCCAGUUGUCCUAACUUUAGCCUUCGGACAUGAUGUUUGGGCUGGUUUCUUCAGUGAUAGCCCUUCAAUAAUCAAGAAAUUUUCAGAAAUGACACCCUUGCUCGCAGUCUCAAUAGCGAUUGAUGCCAUACAAGGCGUCUUAUCAGCGGUGGCCAGGGGAUGUGGUUGGCAACACUUGGCUGUGUGGGCUAAUUUGGUGACUUUCUACUUCAUUGGCAUGCCAAUUGCAGGUGUUCUUGGAUUCAAGUUUAAACUAUAUGCUAAGGGUUUAUGGAUAGGCUUAAUAUGUGGUCUUUCCUGUCAAGCCGCCACCCUUACGUUCAUUACAUUGCACCGAAAAUGGAUCAAAAUUGAUCUUUCAGGAGAAAACAAGAAUACCCCAAUUUCUGUUUAACUUAAUAUAGUUAUUUAAGCAGAGAAAAAAACCAAAGCGAGCAGAGGAAUAUUUUUUUUAUUUGGGGAAG